UCCCUACGCGUCUUCCUCUACUUGCUUGCUUUUCGACUUUUAAAUGCCUUGACUACCCGCACCUUCUUCCAACCCGAUGAAUACUUUCAGUCUUUGGAACCGGCCUGGCAGGCGGCCUUUGGCGAAAACCACGGGGCUUGGAUCACCUGGGAGUGGCGGCACCAGUUGAGAUCCUCGCUUCACCCUCUCUUCUUUACCGCUGUUUAUUCCGCUGCCAACGGGCUCGCUCGUGCUUUGCACCUCUCCCCUGCAUGGCAGGCGGAUCUUCUCAUUGCCGCUCCGAAGACGGCGCAGGCCGUUAUCGCAGCCCUCGGAGACUACUAUACCUGGAAGCUGGCUCGCUGUGCCUAUGGUCUAGCCAGUGCCGAGGCCUCAGCUGCGCUGGCGCUGACCGCCCUUAGCCCUUGGCAAUGGUUUUGUUCUACCAGAACUUUGUCCAAUUGCCUUGAGACAACGCUCACCGUUAUCGCUCUAUAUCUGUGGCCUUGGGAAUGGUCGGUGGCUCCGAAAGCCCCUAUACAAGCCAAACCGACUGGCAGGGUAAUCACCACGCCCUGGGAUAAGAUGAGAGAGGGCCAACGGCAUCAGCAUGAUGAAGACAUGGAGAAUAGGCUGAGGCAGUGUCUCCCGCUUGCAGCCCUGGCCUGUAUUUUGCGGCCCACAAACGUCUUGGUUUGGCUGAUCCUAGCAAGCGUCAUAUUGCAUCGCAGCACCUGGGCGCGAAGAAAACUUUUAGCUCGCGAAGCUGCAAUUUGGGGCGCCGCUGUCCUAGCUGUAUCGAUCGUGGCAGAUCGACUGUUCUACGGAAUUUGGACCUUUCCUCCUUUACGAUUCCUCUACUUCAAUAUUGCCCAGUCUCUGGCUGUUUUCUACGGGCGCAACGAUUGGCAUUACUACCUCUCCCAAGGCUAUCCUCUGUUGCUGACAACUGCGCUCCCGUUCACCUUUGUGGGCCUGUAUCGUGUUUGGGCACGCUCGCAGGCAGCCGCUAGCCAUGACCUCCAAGUUGAAACGCAGACUCAACUGCAAACUCAACUGACUUACGUGUGCCUUUCCAUGCCGCUUGUGCUCUCAUUGAUUUCCCACAAGGAAGUGCGGUUCAUCUAUCCAUUGCUGCCAGCGCUACAUGUUUUGACCUCUCCAAUCUUGGUGGACUUCUUUGGCCUUGCCGUGACUCAGUCGGUUGGCAGGCACAUUCCUCGCCGACUGCUUUUAGUGUUUCUUGUGCUGUGCAACGUUGUCAUUGGGCUCUACACCACAGUCUAUCAUGCGUCUGGGCCGAAUGCUGUGUUUUCAUACCUGAGAGACCAACGGCGAGUCCAUGGUUCCAAGAACCUGAGUAACAUCAAUGAGCCCGGCAUUAUUGCCGGUUUCCUCAUGCCAUGCCACAGCACCCCGUGGCGUUCUCAUAUGGUCUAUCCCUCCAUCGACGCCUGGGCGCUUUCUUGCGAGCCUCCCAUUGGAAUGAAUGCUACCGAAAAGGCGGAGUAUCGUGACGAAGCCGAUCAGUUCUAUGACGAUCCCUCCGGAUUCCUUCGUGCCAACAUGGCCGGCGGAUUGAGCUACUUUCCCCGGCGACCAAGCUACCAGUCCCACUUGGAAUGGUCCCGAUCAUCUCUACGAUCCGAGGCUACCCCCAAGCACAACUGGCCGGACUACCUCAUCUUCUUCGCCCAGAUAGAACCCACGCUCAAGAAACUGCUCCGUGGUUCUUCUUACAGCGAAUGCUGGCGCACUCACAAUACCGAUUGGCACGACGACUGGCGUCGUCAGGGCGAUAUCGUGGUCUGGUGUCUAGACACAACCGAACAGCUGGAUUGGAGGACCGCGAAACGCUCUCGCCAACUCCAACAGCGCGGUCGUGUCUUCAACCGCAUCCUUCAGGCCAUCAAGAAUCAGGGCCAGGGCGGCAGACUCCAGUGGUCGUUC